AUGCCUAAAGACGGCAGCGCCAUGCAUCCAGGAGCGAGCCAUUGCGCUGCCGGCGUCUCCGCGCGUCUGGACCUCUCAACCGAAAACGCCAAAGAUGUGCUGAUCAACGACCUGGCCAUUGGCAAUGUUUUGACUGAGACUGACGAGAUGCUGGAAAUGGGCCGCACGUUCCUAGGCCAGAUCGCCAAGGUCUUGAACAAAGACUCACGGCUCUUGAUCCACGAUACGUUGAUGGAUGAUCUUCAUCCGGAGCAGUAUGACACGAGGGCGGAUUUCGUCAUGAUGAGUUUGUUUGGAGGCAUGGAAAGGAGUCAGCAGCAGAUGAGGACUUUGUUGCAGAGUGUUGGACUGACUGUCACGGGGAGUUAUAAGCCUGGGCCGGAGCAGUGGACGAUUACGGAGGCGAUGUUGCCUUAG